AUUUUUGUUGUGUCGUCUGUAGAGUGUCGAGUGUUGCUCAUUCUGAUUUGUAAUUGGACAAUAAUGGUUAUAAUUUCAGGUUUUUAUUAUGAAUUGAAUGUUAUUAUUCCCUAUAUAUUUUACAUUUUUAAAUCAAUUGUUUAUUAAAGCUAAUUAAGUUGGGUUUUCGAACUUAAUGAUUCAUAUAGUCUUUCUAUAUUGAAACAGAGUUUAGUUAGGUUAAACUACCUAGGAUGUCUUCAUUUAAAUUUUUACGCUCUACAUUUGCUCUUCAACUUUGCAGCAGAGGGUUUUCUACAGAAGCUGCAACUGCAACCUUUCAACCGACAAAAGUUGCUGUCAGAACCUCACAGAGUGAUCCAACAAAUCACACACAGGAUGAUGUGGGGAAACUGUAUACAAUGCCGAAGGGCGUGAAGGACAAGCUGUUUCCAAAAUAUGUUUUACCGUUGUACUUUGAGCGGUUGUGCGAUACGUUUCAUGAAACAAACAUACUCGUACGACAACCCGCCAUAGAGCUCAUAGACUACCUGAAGAGAGCUGACUACAACCGUCCUAUUAUCCGAUAUGUUAUUUAUGGAAAAUAUGGCUGUGGAAAAACAUUGACACUCAUCCAUGCCAUGAACUACGCUUACAACAACAACUUCAUUAUAGUGUAUGUCCCAAGUGUUUGGAGGUGGUUCCACUGGUCCAGGGAGGUUGUCACAGCAGAAAGAGAUCCAGCCAUCAUUGACCUGCCUCUGGACGCUUCAACUUGGCUAAAACAAUUUGACUUAACCAACGCAGAACUCAUUUCUAAACUUGAUCUGCGACUCAGCAAAACACAAGAGUGGUCGCCCAGAGAAAAGACUGUGGAAGGUUCAUCACUGAACGAACUGGUCCUUUUUGGAAUGAACAGAGUAAAGUAUGCUUGUCAGGUGAUUGAUGUUCUACUCAAUGAGCUGAAGAACUAUGCUCGCCAAAACAGUUGCAAGGUGUUUGCUGCAAUCGAUGGUUUCAAUGGUUUCUUCCAAACCACUUCCAGACUGAAGACUCCAGAAAGAGUGCGACUGGUACCAUCCAAUGUAUCUCUUACUCACAGUUUCAGAUCUUUUAUCAAGAAUGAUUGGAACAACGGUGCUGCAGUUCUGGUGGCAGACGAUCAUGCCACAGUAAAAGGUCACUACAAAUCUCAUCUUCCGUUUCAUUUGCUGCAGAAAACUGGUGUGGAAUCUAUUGAUCCGUUCAUUCCAAUAAACGUUCCAGUGUACUCUCCUCUGGAGUUCCAGAACUAUCUGGACUACCUGGAGGAGAAACGGUGGUUACAGAAGCCAGAGGGACGGGACGAGAUCGACUUUAUCACACAGAGAAACCCAAGACUGGUCAACACAUACUGUGCUAAUCGAUAGGUUUUGUUACGGUAGCUUAGUUUAGUAAAUUUAUCAUGUUUAUAAAUCAAAAGUGGUGUAUUCUGA